AUGGGCACGGUGCUGUCUCUUUCCCCCGCCUCCUCGGCCAAGGGCCGGAGGCCCGGCGGGCUGCCCGAGGAGAAGAAGAAGGCGGCGCCCUCGGGAGACGAGGCGCUGGGGGGAUACGGGGCGCCGCCAGUAGGCAAGGGCGGUAAAGGCGAGAGCCGGCUCAAGCGGCCGUCCGUGCUCAUCUCGGCGCUAACCUGGAAGCGUCUGGUGGCCGCCUCUGCCAAGAAGAAGAAAGGCAGCAAGAAGGUGACGCCCAAGCCGGCGUCCACCGGCGCCGACUCCCUGGUCCAGCAACGCAACCGCGAGAACCUUCUCCGCAAGGGUCGGGACCCCCCCGACGGCGGCGGCGCCGCCAAGCCCCUGGCGGUGCCCGUGCCCACCGUGCCCGCGGCCGCCGCCACCUGCGAGCCGCCGUCGGGGGGCAGCGCCGUCUCCCCACCUCCAGGCUCCGGCGGAGGGAAACCGCCGCCGCCGCCGCCCCCAGCCCCGCAGGCGGCGCCGCCGGUACCUGGCGGCUCGCCGCGGCGGGUCAUCGUGCAGGCGUCCACGGGAGAGCUGCUGCGCUGCCUGGGCGACUUCGUGUGCCGACGCUGCUACCGUCUCAAGGAGCUAAGCCCAGGCGAGCUGGUGGGCUGGUUCCGCGGAGUGGACCGCUCGCUGCUGCUGCAGGGCUGGCAAGACCAGGCCUUCAUUACGCCCGCCAACCUGGUGUUCGUGUACCUGCUGUGCCGCGAGUCGCUGCGCGGGGAUGAGCUGGCGUCGGCCGCCGAGCUGCAGGCUGCCUUCCUCACCUGCCUCUACCUCGCCUACUCCUACAUGGGCAACGAGAUCUCCUACCCGCUCAAGCCCUUCCUCGUGGAGCCCGACAAGGAGCGCUUCUGGCAACGCUGCCUGCGCCUCAUCCAGCGGCUCAGUCCGCAGAUGCUGCGGCUCAACGCCGACCCCCACUUCUUCACGCAGGUCUUCCAAGACCUCAAGAACGAGGGCGAGGCCGCUGCCGGCGCCGGGGGUCCUCCCAGCGGGGGAGCGCCCGCGGCCGCCUCCUCCUCGGCCGCCAGGGACAGCUGCGCGACUGGAGCAAAGCACUGGACUAUGAACCUGGACCGCUAG